GGGUGAGGCGCCCGAAGCUAGGGUCAGUGGCUGAGCGAGGAAAGGUGGCGAACCCCUAAUUUCUGGAGCGGGGCCGCCAAAGUCGCACCUCUUGAGAUAAUAAGCAAAUACAGAGGAGGUGGCCUUGGGGAAGACUCAAGAGGGAGUAACUUGGCCCACCCUCUCACGAUUUCAGCCCCCUUUCAAUAGGAUUGGCGUGGGUAGGGCCGGCCCACCCCAUGAAGCAAAGAAAACGCUUGAAAACCUUUUUCUUGAAGGAGGGAUGACAUGUAAUGGACCAGAUAACUGUGAAGCUCGUGCCACUCCAGAGGAUGAUCCUGACCAAGAUCUUGCUAAAGAAUGCUCCAGACUACAAACAUUUACCAAUUUUCCAAGUCACUGUCCUAUCUCCUCCUCAACUCUAGCCCAAGCUGGUUUCUUCUACACCGGAGAGGGAGACAAAGUAAAGUGUUUUAGUUGUCAUGCAACCAUUGAAGGAUGGCAAAAUGGGGACUCGGCAGUUGGAAGACAUAGAACUGUUUCUCCAAACUGCAAGUUUAUUAAUGCCAUUAAGAUUCUGAAGAAUGAUACGCAUUCUGUUUUCCCAAACUGUUCACACAGAACUGAAAUCAGCCUUGCAGCUGACUCUUCCCAGACCCCUCUUGAUCCAUCCUCUGAUCUCUAUGCAGAUUAUCUUUUGAGAAGUGGGCAAGUGGUAGAUCUCUCUGGUUCUCUGUACCCCAGAAAUCCUGCCAUGUGUAGUGAAGAAGCCAGGCUGAGAUCUUUUCACAACUGGCCCUCCCAUACUCUUAUCACUCCAAAAGAGCUGGCCCAUGCUGGACUCUAUUACACCGGCACUGGUGAUGAAGUUGAAUGUUUCUGCUGUGGAGGAAAACUGAAAAACUGGGAACCUUCUGAUCGUGCUUGGUCAGAGCACAGACGCCACUUCCCUAGGUGUUUUUUUGUCCUCGGCCGCGAUGUGGGAAAUGUUGGAAGUGUUUCAAAUCAAUCUGGUGAUACCAGCCUGGAUAGAAGUGACAUACAUAAUGCUGACCUUCCCCAAACUCCAUCUAUGGCAGAUUACGAGAACCGAAUCAAGACAUUUGCAACAUGGAGGUAUUUGGUUAGCAAGGAGCAACUUGCCCAAGCAGGCUUUUAUAGCCUAGGUAAUGGUGAUAACGUUGCAUGCUUUCACUGUGGUGGUGGAUUACAGGAGUGGAAGACAGAUGAAGAUCCUUGGGAGCAGCAUGCAAAAUGGUUUCCUGGGUGCAAAUACCUGGUAGAAGAAAAGGGGCAAGACUUUGUGAAUAACAUUCAUUUAACACCACAACAGGAUUCUACAAUAGAGGAAGCAGAGAAGUUUUCACAUUUUACAGAUGAGGAACUUUUACAGAACCAGCUGGUACAGAAUGCAAUGCACAUGGGUUUCAGCCUGGAUGAAAUUAGGAGCACUGUGGAAAGGAAAUGCCAUCUGUCCACAGAGGGCUACAGAUCUAUUGAGACAUUGGUCACUGACUUAAUCAGUGCCCAAAGAGAUAAUAACCCUAGUGCAUCCUGGGAAAGCACCUUGCAAAAAGAUCUCAGUGCUGAAGAGAAAUUAAGAAGUUUGCAGGAAGAAAAGCUUUGCAAAAUCUGUAUGGAUAAAACUAUCUCAGUAGUCCUCAUUCCUUGUGGACAUCUUGUUGCUUGUAAGGACUGUGCUGAUGCGGUUGACAAAUGUCCUUUGUGUUGCACAGUUAUUACAAAAAGGCAGAAGGUAUAUAUGUAUUAAUAAAACCAUCAUACUAUGCAACUGGAAAACUCCUACCAUUACAGAAAUAGAUUGACUGCAUAUGUAAUGUUAAUAUGUAAAUGAUUUUAAAGAAAAUUAAGCUUAAAUUGAAUGCACUGAUUUACUCUAUGAAUUAUGUAGCUGCUAAAUUGUGUGUACUUUGACUCACUUUAGUCCUGAUGUCCUGACCCCGAGAGCCACAAUGUAUGUAGAGGCAUCAGAAAGCUGUCCUGAGAUGGUAUAUAGGGCAAUAUUUAGUUAUGUCACCCACCACCACCACCAGUCUGAAGGGAUACAGCUCAAGCAGAAGCUUACUUCCCCAGUAAGAACUAGGUUAGAGUUGCCCUGAGGUCUAGCCAAAGUUUUGUCCCAUGAAUGGCAAAGUGUUUGAAGAAUGUUUCACACCAGGGCAGAGAGAAUCAGUAGAUCGACGUUAUUUUAUAACGAUUAGGAUGCAGUGGCAAGUUGAUUGCACUUCAUGUGUCUUUGUCAUAGAAAUGGAAAGCACAUUAUAUCUCUACAACAUUCAGUUUUCAUAAUGCAUGUACAUAAAUAAUUUAUGUUGUUGCUUUAUGUCUAGACCUUCUAGGAUGUUUGGGGAGUUUCGGAACAAUAGCUUUUUGUUGGUGUUUUUAACUCUAAUGACCCUUUAGUCUACAGUUGAGAGUUGAAUUGCUGAUGGGGAACCUCUCCUAUAUGUCAGAAGGCUUAUUCCAGUGAUUUGAAGGAAAUAGUUGAAAAUUAAUCCUAUUUUGUACAAUUUGUAUUUCAAAAUAUUUACAUCUACUAGUGUUAAAUGUCAGGUGGUUAUGUUUCCCCUUCCACCAGCUCACUUAUUAUAUUUGUUACUGGUGUCUCAUUCUUGUUAACUUUACAAAUGGAUUUGUUGAAUUUUGCCAUUCUCUAGAUCUAUAUUUAUCAUGCUGCUUACUAUCAUGGUUAGAUCUGCAUGAACACUAACUGAAAAUAUGUGUGACACCUUACAUGCGUAAAUCUAUAUGAUUUGGGCUUUUUACAUUAAACUGCAACAUUACAGCUGCAGUUCUACCUAAGUUCUAUAUUUGGAAAUGCUGUUG